AUCCUACGAACAUACCGAUUACCUCACGGUCAUCAGCCCUUGCAAAAAUGGCCACCGAGCAGAGCUACAUUAUGAUCAAGCCUGAUGGCGUGCAGCGCGGCCUGGUCGGCGAGGUGAUCAAGCGGUUCGAGCAGCGCGGCUACACCCUGAAGGGCCUGAAGCUGAUGAACGUGGAGCGCUCCCUGGCUCAGAAGCACUACGAGGACCUCAGCUCUAAGCCCUUCUUCGCCGACCUGGUGGACUACAUCGUCAGCGGCCCCGUUGUCGCCAUGGUGUGGGAGGGCAAGGGCGUCGUGGCCACCGGCCGCAAGAUGAUCGGCGCCACCAACCCCCUGGCCUCCGAGCCCGGCACCAUCCGCGGCGACUUCGCCAUCGAGGUGGGCCGCAACGUCAUCCACGGCUCCGACACCGUGGAGAACGCCCAGCGCGAGAUUGGUCUGUGGUUCCCCGAGGGCGUUGCUGACUGGACCCCCGCUGCCAAGCCCUGGAUCUACGAGAAGUUCUAAGUGCGUGCGACACGAAAUGGCUUGGUGCGGUGUACGGGGCGCGGUUUAGAAACCGGCAUCCGUACUGUCCGCCUCCCUUUUGAUGUUGGCGCAAUUUCCUCCUCGCUAGGUCGUGGCUUGCGUGCAAUGUGAGUUUGUGGCCGGUAGGAGAGGGGGUUGUGUGCUGGGCCGGCUCGUACCGCGGGCGUUCAAAGCGUGCGGCAGGGGAGUGCGUGUCGGGUGGUCAUGCAUUGUUCGUACGGCGGUAGGAAGGCGCAGGUGGCACGCGGUGGUGCAGUGGAGUGAAUGCUGCUGCAGCAUGGUGGUGCUGCUGGUCAGCUCGGACCCGGGCAGGAGCCCAGGCUCAUGGUCACAGCAGGAGAGCUCCGCAGGUUGGCUUUUGCUGGCAGGGUGAUGAUCUGAUGAAGCAGUGAAACGGCUGAAUCACGCUACGUGCAUGGUCUCGUCAGAUUGCAAGAAGCAACUUGCAUCCGGGUAGCGAACCCUCCUAACCAAUGCUUGGGAAGGUCGUACAGCACAGCCGAUUAUGCCACUGUCCCGUUGCUGGAACGCUGUGCCCCCAAAAGGGCGCCCAAUCCCAGAUAGUUGCACUCAUGCCCCCUUGAUGCAGCAGCGAUUGUGUGCUGGGGGGUGUGAACACACGGGACAACUGCAUGCUAUACUGCUCGGUGCCCGUUAUGAAGCAGCAACAGCCAACAGGCCUGUGCACAAAAGCGAGGUUGCUUCCUGGUAUUAGGCCAACUACUGUGGUAAUUGCCUGUUGGCAAGCAGCUGAGCAACUCUUUGCUGUUGCUAGGGUCGUGCCGAGGCUGUCCCCUGCUUCGCAGGCCAGUAGAAGCAGCACCUACGCCGUCCACGCUGCCUGCUACUCCUGUGCCAAGGCAGGCGCCACCGUCUAACUAACGGUUGGUUUCUUGAUCGUAGGGGUAAAUUUACGUUUAGGCUUUACACUUCCUUUCCGUAUGGCUACGAACUAUGGGAAUAAAGCUGUUGCGCAAGUUGAGACCAAGUGCAGGUGGUUACCGGUACCGGGGGUUGGGCCACCGGCUACUAUCUACUAGCGCUUUGGUGCGUUUUAGCUUAAGAUCGAGGAGUUACAAAUGUGAAUGCUAUACGGCCUUUGGCAAAGGACAAGCCAACAUGAGUAACCGGCCCUGCCUGUACGGCAUGGUUCAAAUGCGCGGGAGGUUGGAUCACCAACGAUGGUCCAACUCGCACAGAAAAGCUUGGUUAACCUUUACAUGACUUCUUAAUUCUUAGGUGCUUAUAAGUCUUGCUGGGGAUCCUAACGAAGACUGAAAAUCUAGCAUUUGCCCCGCCAGCUCAAAAUGGCCACAGCGACGUUAACUUCGGGUGAUGUCGCGCGCAUUAAAUCAAAGCAUGAGUUUGCAAAUGGUGUCGUUCUACGGGUUUCCGACCUGCAAGAGGUCAGCGGUAGGAAGCACCGCUGCAUUCUUUCGGACGGCAACUCGACGAUUCGGGGCGUGUUGGCAUCUCAGUUCGCGGACCUGGUUACCUCUGGCGAGCUCUCCAACGGUUGCCUUGUGAAGAUUUCGGUUUACGUGACCAACACAGUCGGCAGUGAGGAGGUGCUGUUGGCUACCGACCUCAGCGUUGUCGCUCCGGGCAAUGGCAGUCAGCCCAUGGAUGCCGACCCGGCGCCCCUCUCCGCGCGCAACGCAACUCCAGAGGCAGCCGGCAAGCCGCAGGCAUCUAAGACCCCAGGCAUGGGUGCCAAGGAAAACAGCACCCCCAUGCUGUCACCACCCACAGAGUUCAAGUUCAACACGACUCCCGGUCAGGCCAGCCGCAGCCCGGUUCCUUUCCCCUCCACCACCCCCACUCCCACCCCCCUGGGCGGCCAGAAGACCCUGGCCGGCACCCCUCCCAGCAUGAGCGUCAGCGACCGCAAGAACCACCACAAGAUUGCGCAGCUGCACCCGUACGACAGCAACUGGUGCAUCAAGGCCAAGAUCACCCACAAGGGACAGCUGCGGUCCAUGACGAUCCGCGGCAACGAUGUCAAGAUCCUCACCAUUGAGCUGGUGGACGAUACGGGAUCCCAGAUCCAGGGCACCUUCUGGCGGGCUGCUGCGGAGCGCUACUCGGACCAGCUGAUGGAGGGGCGCGUGUACUUCUUCCACAAGUUCAAGGUUAAGCCGGCUGACAAGAAGUACAGCAGUGUCAAGGCGGACUACCAAAUCGACUUCACGGACAGCACCGAGGUGAGCGAGGCGGCCGACCAGGACACCUCCUCCAUGACCGCCGCAGUGGAGAUCACCCCCAUCGAGGCCCUGCCGCGGCGGGUGGGCGCGCGGGCCCCGGUGGAUGUGAUGGGGGUGGUGCUGGCGCUGGGGCCGCUGGGGACCAUCAAGCGGAAGGCGGGGGGAGAUGAGCUGCCCAGGCGGGAUGUGACCAUUGGGGACAGCAGCGGCAAGAGUGUGGUCGUGACGCUGUGGGGCGACAACGCACACUCCUCCGCACCGCAGCUGGAGGGGCAGGAGGGGCGGGCCGUGCUGCAGGUGACGCAAGCCCGCGUAACCGACUUCAACGGCUGCUCCGUUUCCUCACUCACCAAGUCGGUUGUGACGGUGAACCCCGAGGCCCCCGCCACCAAGGAGCUGCUGCUCUGGUACUCGACCGCCAGCAUGACACCCGACCGCUUCUCACCCGUGGGACAAGACCUCCCCGGGACGCGCGGAAACAGCACUGGCGGCGCCGGCCCCGUGUCCCGGGACCGCUUCCACACGCUGAAGGACGUGUCGGCCAUUACCCCGGAUACACUGCCCGACGAUAAGGCCUCGUUCACGCCCGUCACCGCGCAGGUGGUGAUGGUGAACACCAACCAGCAGCUCUACUACCUCGCUAACCCGGAGAACGGCAAGAAGGUGACGGACCAGGGCGGCGGUCGCUACGCCGAGGCCGACGGGCGGCUGGUUGAGCGCGCUGAGCACCGCUACGUGCUGUCGGUGCUGCUGGGCGACCACUGCGGGGUCUCCUCGGUGCAGCUGUUCAACAAGGAGGCUGAGCUGCUGCUGGGCAUGAAGGCGGACGACCUGGCCGCCCUCAAGGAGUCCCAGGGGGACGCGCCCUUCAACGCCGCCCUCCGUGCCGCGCAGUGGCGCCCCUGGAGCUUUGUGCUCAUGAGCAAGGCGCGGGAGUACAACGGGGAGAGGCGUGUACGGCACACGGCGUUCAAGGUGGACGCGUUUGACUGGGUGGCGGAGGGGCAGAAGCUGGUGAACCUCAUUGGAAAGUACGGCAACUGAAAAGCCGGGUGGGGUGGGGUCCAGGUGAGAUGAGGUCUUGAUUUGUUGCGUGUACGGCGGCUGUGGGUGACUGGAACAUGGGUCUGAAGGGGAUACCUCUGGUGCUGCGUGGGAUGCGAAGAGGUGUUUGUGUCAGGACGUACGGUGAUGUCAUUUCCCGUGACGCGAGAUAACACGGACCGGGAACGGAAUGGAAUGGAGGAUGCAGGUCACCGUGACGAAAUGGGGGAAGAGCGGUGCGAUGUAACACGGUGUAUGGCAGGAAAGCCAUAAUAGCAAGUGGCCUCGCACGACUCUGGUGUUAUGAGGAGACAAGAGCGGGUGUAAGGAAACCUUUGCAAGGGAGGGGUUGCCUGGUUUCCCGGAAUGCGAGCUUUACGAGGUUUUGGGACGUAGACGCGUAGGCAACCGUAGUUGCGUGGGGAGGAUGACGCACGCCAUAUGCGUGUGAUUACGACGAUGCGAUGGAAGGGGUGGUUGACAGCAACCUUCACACGGUCCCCUUCAGAUAUGCAGCUAAUGGCAGGAGAGUGUUAGCAGCUUUCGGCGCGUGGGCCAUUGCCCUUUCCUGUUGUGGCCAUCUCGUUGUUACUACGGUUGGUACGCUAUGUGUGCUAGACGCUGGCGAUCGACUUCACAGUAAGCUACUCGCUGUAAGUUGUCGGAAGCGGAAGGUGAUGAAUAGGCCCCCUGUUUAAGGUUGCUGGAUGAGAAUUCGGGCAGACUUGCAACCUAUCGAUGUCUCGGAGCGUGCAAAGCGGUGGCAUGGUUACGUUGUAUUUGUACGUGACGUGUAAAUAAGAAAAUGCCA